GUCUCUGUAGCCACUCCCCCGGGCCGCAGCCGCGGGUGGGAGAGCGAGGGCUCCGCCAGCACGCGUGCGCGCUCCCUCGGUGCAGCUAGUCUGCGUGCGUGAGUGGGAGGUGGCAGGCCUUGGUCUCCGGCCUUCUCCGCUGACUGUUCCAGCGCGACGUCCCCAGCCAUGAACCGGUUUGGUACCCGGUUAGUGGGAGCCACGGCGACCCCGCCGCCGCUGCAGCCGAAAGCCCGCAGCAAUGAAAACCUUGACAAAAUCGAUAUGUCUUUGGAUGAUAUCAUCAAAUUGAAUCGAAAGGAAGGAAAGAAGCAGAAUUUUCCGAGACUAAAUAGAAAACUCCAACAAAGUAGUGCCCGGCAAUUCAGGAUGAGAGUACGAUGGGGACUCCAACAGAAUUCUGGUUUUGGCAAGAAUAGUCUGAGCCGUAGAGGAAGAGUAAUGCCUGGAAAGAGACGUCCUUAUGGAGUUAUCACUGGCCUUGCAGCUAGGAAAGCAACUGGAAUUCGAAAAGGAAUUAGUCCUAUGAAUCGACCACCUCUAAGUGAUAAGAAUAUAGAACGAUAUUUUCCAGCAUUAAAAAGGAAGGCCAGCCUUCUGAGACAAAAUGAAGUACAGAGAAAAGCAGUUGCAGUUCUCAAGAGACCUAACCAGUUAAAUAGAAAAAAUAACAUUCCAGCCAAUUUUACCAGGAGUGGAAAUAAAUUAAGUCAUCAGAAAGAUACUCGUCAGGCAACUUUUCUUUUCAGAAGAGGCCUAAAGGUUCAGGCCCAGUUGAACACAGAACAACUGCUAGACGAUGUAGUAGCAAAGAGAACUCGUCAAUGGCGGACUUCCACCACAAAUGGAGGAAUUUUGACUGUCUCUAUUGAUAAUCCUGGAGCAGUGCAGUGUCCAGUAACUCAGAAACCACGGUUAACUCGUGCUGCUGUACCCUCAUUCUUGACAAAACGGGAACAAUCUGAUGUAAAGAAAGUCCCUAAAGGUGUCCCCUUACAAUUUGACAUAAAUAGUGUUGGAAAACAGACAGGGAUGACUUUGAAUGAGCGAUUUGGGAUCCUGAAGGAACAAAGAGCAACUCUCACAUUCAACAAAGGAGGAAGCCGUUUUGUAACUGUGGGAUAGAUCCAUGUCAAAGGGACUUUUGAGUGAUGACUCUGUUUUAAAAGUUGAAUUGCUUGAAGAGUUCAUCACAAAAAUUCAAGAAACUUUAUUUCAAAAUAUUCACAAGGCUAAAUAACUCUUAUUUUUAUUUUUGAAGUGUGUUUUGUUUUUUUUUUAAACAUGUAUAAAUAACUCCCUGAAAGAGUAACAGGGAAUAUACGUAUCUGUUCUUAAGAUUUCAUGGUCCAGACAGAACAAUUCUCUGUUUGACUUCUUUGGUUCCUCAUGAAGCAGAAAGAACACAGAAUGAUAGAAAUUAAUUAUUUUUAUGAUCGUGGUAUUUAGGAUCUCAUCACUUUUGUUCAUUUUUUACACUUUGCCAUGGUAAAUCUUGGUCUUCAGAGAUAUGAGUAGGUCCCUUUGUUGCUGUCACCUAUCCUUUAAUAGUGUUGAUGUAAUAAGUGCAGUUGACUUUUCUUCAUUAGAUAUAUUAAAAAAAAAAAAAUCACUAGAAUUCCAGUUUUGAGUUUUAAGAUUUUGGGGAAUAUCUGGAAUUUGGGUUCUUUUCAGAUGACAUUAGGUUAAUCCUCCAGAGUUGUUAAUUUUUAAUACUGAACUUCUAACAAGAAAUGUGACUCUAGGCAUUAGUCUUUGUUUAAAAUGUUGAUAUUUAAAGGCUACAAAUAAAUGUGUGUUUACAAAAUUACCUUGGAAGAGAAGGUCCAAUGUAAAAACCUGAAAAUUGUGUUUAGAAAAUGAAGAAAACAGGAGGAAGUAGCAGGUUGAGGACAGAGAACUGAGGUGAAAAACUUCAAAACCCAGGACACAGAUAUACUGUUUGAAUUUAAUGUAGCCUUGCAUCUAGUGUCCAUGAAGAAUUCUUCGAACAAUAUUUAGAAGAAUUAAAAUUACCAAAAUGGAUUGAUUCCCUUAGAUACUUUGAUGGUUAAAAUCAAUAGCCAUAAAGUCCUAGACUUAUUCAAAAAAGUUAAAUUUCAUAAGCUUUUUAAGCUUGCUAAUGACACAGUAUGCAGUUUCAAAAUAAAAAACACUUGUAUAUGUCACAAAGAAAAAUAUCGGAAACGGUAAUAGAGUUACAUUGUAACCUUGUUUUCAUACCUUUCUUGUAUGUAUAAAGUUUAGGCAUUUAUGGUGAGAGGGUUUUUUUUUUUUCUCUCCCACACACUAGAGGAGUGGCAGGAAUUAAUCUGUUGUGCCAAGCUAGGCUGAAAGUCCUCAGAUGGUUGUAUACUAUAAGUUACAGUAUAAUGCCAAAAUGCAGUAACACGGUCCAGCUACAAGUCCAGUCAUUUUGAAGCUUAACCUUUUGUUUUGCUAUAAUGUUAAAACCUCUAAGUAUAGGUGUUAGUUUCCCUGGAGUAUAUUGGUGUUGAUUUUCCCUAUAGAACAAAACAAAACAUUAAGUCAUCACUCUUGCCUGCCUUGCAUUGUAUAUUAGAUGUCACUGUUUUCUCUCAUGCUCCUUGGGUUACUUUGGUUUAUGCUAGCCACGGAAAAGUAUCACCUAACAGUUUCAUGCUUAUACCAAAGAAUUAAAUCUGAUCCUUAAUACCUGGUAUUUUGCCAGUUAAGUCUACUGAUAAGGGAUUAUUGGAAGCCAGUCACACAAUUUGAAAAUAAACUCUAGUCUCCUUAGGCCAAGGACUCAUUGCAAAACAUUUUUGCAAGUACAGAUGCUUAGAUUUCAUCCAUUAACAGUCCAUCUUAUUUUAGACUGGUUUAGAAUUACUGAUAGCUUAUUUUAAAGCAAAGGAAAAACAACUGAGCACAGAUUUGCUGUCUUUAGAACAGUUCAUGAAAAUAUGGUAUAAAGAUGCUCUUUUUUUUUUUAUUUUAAAUACUGUACAGAGCUAUUAUUAAUGCCAUUUUUCUUGAAAACCUUACAAAUUGUCCCAAAUACUGACAUUAAUUGCAUCAAACAACAGUGUCUUUGGUAUAUUAAACUUUUGCUCUUUGUGCAUCUCUAAUUUCAUUUUCGUUUUAAAUAUGAAAUUUUGCCUUUGUUAUAACUAAAUUAAAAUUCUUGAGUGCUAACAUUGUAUAUAAACAAAAGAAUAUGGUUUAUUGGAGGAAAAUUUCCUUUCUUGGGAUGUGGUUGUAGUCAUCCUUUUUCAGUUCUUAAAUUUUUUUUUAAACAGGACAACUUAAAAUUUCCUUUGCAUCAAGGUGUAUGCAAAACAUUGAUGCAGUGCAUCACAAAAUGAAAGUUUGUAUUUAAUGAGGAGAUGCUUUACACUGUACUUUAUGGUGUUUUUUGGAAAAGUUACAAAUUUAGAUCUAUUCUGAAGCUGUUCAUUUUUAACAAAUAAAAUCUUACAGGUCUCACAUUUAUUCUUAGCUAUAAAGAUCGAGUUGUGAUUUUUAGAUUGUUCUGUGUUACAAAGAACUUUGUAGUUAUUAUAUUUAUAAUUUUGGGGGUUUGAAAAACUACCAGUUAAAUUGUUAAGUCAGUCUAGACUCCUAUUCUGACUGCCUUUUGACCAUUUCAUCUGUAAGCUCCAAACAGGAAGCCAGGAGGAGUUUAAAAUAAAGAAUGAAAUUUACUUAGAAUGCAGAAUUUCAGGCUAGAUGAACCUUUCAAGUUCGUCCAUUUCAACUUCUCGGUCUGUAUCUUAGCUAAGUGAGACUCAGCUUUUCAAGACUUACGUGUGGCAGAGUCACUUUUUGAGCUCAGGUCUUUUAAUUCUCAUGUCAUAAUAAACUGCUUCUGUGACUUGAACAUCCAAAGAAAGUAGUGGAAUGAUGUUUGGUUGUCAGAUACCUAAGAAAUGGUAAUAGCCAUGCUUUAGCAUUUGUAGCAUGACAAGUAAAUCUACUCUACCAUGAUUUUUGAGACUUAAUUAUUUUGAUAUUAAAGUUAUGUAAAUGUCUUAGAAAAGGCCAGUGUUCCUAAUUAGACAUUACAUAUUUUUUUCUAAUAGGCAUAAAUUUCACAAUUUAAAUUACAAACACAUCAUAAAAUACUUUUAAGUAUGAAGAAAUUUGUAGGCUGCAUUGCCCAAUGAUAAUUUUUUGUUCAAAUAAAUAUGUUUUACUGUCAGCUUUAUAAUUCACACAGUAUACACAGUUUCAGGAUAACUUUUAAUUUAAUUUAAUUUUUAAAAAAUAUUUUAAUCACCUAGUACUCAUCAUGACAAGUGCCCUCCUUAAUCCCCAUCACCUAUUUCACCCAUCCCUCCACCUAUCUCACUGUGGUAACCAUUUCUUUAUAGUAAAGGAGUCUGUUUCUUGUUUUUUCUCUUUUCCCUUUGCUCCUUUGUUCUGUUUCUUAAUGUGUCUAGAUUUACUACUCUAAAGAGGUAAAAAAAAAAAAAAUAGCUGACUUUGGACUACAAAGGAAAACCAUACAUUCUGAAUACAGGCAGUUAUCAGGGCAGAAAAUGAUUUCUUCAUUUCUGAUUUCUGAAGUUUCAUCAGAAUUAUUGUUCUGUUGUCACUGUAUAUAAAAGAGGAGAUUUAAGCUUCCUUUUAAAGACAGUUCUUACAUAGAUCAAUUUGAAGCUAUUCCCUUUUAAAAGUGAGAACAAUAAACCCCAAGCAUUUAUAACAGGAAUUUUAUACUAUUGUGGGCCAUUGAAUAGGGAUUUAAAGAUUUUCUUAUAAAUGGUCGACUUCUUAACACCUCUUUUUCCCUGCUUUAUGUUACUUCUAUCUAUUACCAAAAAGCUUGGUGAAACCAGGAAGUAAUACCAUGCUGGAGCUGGAAAUCCCUUGUUCUGAGUUGUAUUUUGGAUGAGGUUUACUGAUGUUUAAAGAUGAAUAGGAAAUUAUUUCCCUAGUGUGUAUGUGUCUGAUUUCUACUAUUUCCACUUCCCUUUAAUGAGAAGAAAAUCAUACUAUCUAAAUUUUCUUAUAUAAAGUUUUAAAAAAUCAGUUAUUAGCACUGCUUAUUAAAGGAGUCAGAAAGGGAUUUAUAAAAUGUAUUCAUCAAGCCAGUUUCUGUGCUUUACAUUUGAAGAGGGUAAGAUUGGUCAAGAUUUUAAUCCCACUGAUUUGAGUUUAUAAAAAUGGAGUCUUAAAGGAGUGACCACAACGUACAUCUAGUGAGUAGAAAGGGGAAAAGACUUUCUGCAUGAGGCAGUGAGAUACAGAACUGGAAAACUCUUGAGAUUAGAGUGAAACUAUUGCCCCUGGUAUUCAUUCAAUGAGUUAACUUUCAGAUAAUCAGGAAGUUCUCUGUAUCAAUUCCUAACAUUCAAUAACCCUCACUGCCUAUAUUUUUCAGCUCCUGCUUCCAAACCACAGAGCAGCUGUAGAAUAAGUUAGAGGCCCCUGUAGCCCUUUUGCUUUUAGCCUUUUUGCAACUGUUUCUCAUCACCUUAAUUCAUCACUAGACACUUUGGUGAAAUCCUCACAGUGAUUCCUCCUGUAUCUUAUUCUCACAAGAUGAUCUUCUCACUUAUUUUCUGGGGAAGACUGAAGGAGUAGGAUGAGAAUUCCCUCAUAAUCUACCUUUGUAGAUAACUGAAAUCCUUAUAAGUCUUAAAAAUUAACACCUUGAUUACUUUUCUUCCAGCCUUUCUUUACCUAGGACUUGUUCUCGUGAUAUAUAGAGCAUCUUCAUUUCUCUUCCUAUCCACAGGCUUUUCUUUUGGAUUUCAAAUACCUAUAGGUUUAUCUACCCUGUUCUAAAAAUUUUUUUUUUCUCUCUAACCAAGCUGCCAUUUUCAUAGUAAUAUAUAACCUCUGCUGUAUUAGUACCUAACUCAUCUGUGUCUGCUUCCAUUCAUCCUUAGCUCCUAUUAAAAUACUCAGCUCUGGAGUAUGGAAGGUAAUUACAGACUUUAAUGUAUUAAUGACCUUAAAAUCCAGUUUAAUAGGCAAAGUAAUGUCAGUCUAUAAACUUGGUCAGAAGUUUAGAGACCAGGAUUAGCAUGGAUGUUGCAGUUAUGAGAUACAUGUGUAGGUAGGUAGGAAAAUGAGGCCAUAUUAUGGAGAACUUGCUAGAAGAAUUUAGUGUAAAUGUAGAAUGUAAUAGGUAAUCAAAUUCAGAUGACAGUGGUAUAUUUUAUAAAGAUCUGAUAACUUUAGCAUUGUAGCAUUUAAUAUGGAAUAUAUGAUGGUGCUUUAGUCACUGUAGUUGAAACAUUUCCUGAGAUUGAAAUAUUUCUUUUAAAAAAAUACAAAAUGAGCUCCUGUUCUUUAAUACCUUAAAAUCUUUCUAAGAAGAACAAAACAUUUAGAAAGAUCAGAAUAACAACAACAAAAAAAUCAUACAUUGGAUUUGUUUUGAGCUGACACAUCACUUGCCAUUGUAGUAACCCAUACUCAUGACAUUGAUAAUAGUCGUGCAACUUGCUGCUGAAGAACCUGGAAUGCAGUAUUAAGAGUUCAUAGAACAACUCUCUGAGCAACUGUUACUAACCCAACUUUGUUCUCUAAAAUUAAAUGUUUUUGCAAUCUCUUCCGUCUAGUAGUUGGGGGAAGUGCUAAUCAAAGUUUCAUUGAAGAGUUGGGUUUUGAAUGAUAGGUAGGCUGUCCAACUAUUUUCUUCUGGCUCAUGAAAUUUUUGGCUUUGGCCCUAAAUGUUCUCCACACGGACCAUUAUAAAUCAUACCUGUGUGUGUUCAUGUUGAUACUUCUCCCAAUCUGGAAUAUUGCUCUUACCUUGCCUAUUUCAUAAUCCUUCAGAUUUAGUUCAAAAGCAUUCAUCCAUGAUAGAUUCUUUUUCUCUGAAUUCUGAUAGCUUAACCACCACUACCUCUACUUAGCCUUUUGUUUUGUCUUAUUCUCUAAUUGGUAUAUUUGUUUGAUGAUUAGAUUGUAAUCUCCUAGGGAAAGGGCCCUGACAGCCUCUUUUAUUUCCCAUAAAUACUAGUUGGUUGAUUGUAGGGGAAUUUACAUCAUGUAGCAGGAAUGGCUUAUCCCCAAUUUACAUAUGAAGAGGCACUGGGAAUUUACAGAUGAGGACUCCCUCAGAGUAAGUCAUGUAACUAGUAUUAGUGGUAGAAUUUCAGCCCAGGUCCAUCUAACUCUUUUCUGUCUGCUAAACCAUAGAACCUCCCUGUGUGCAGAUAGAUAUUAACUGUUGCUGUUUUUCUCUGAAUUCUGAUAGCUUAACCCCACUACCUCUACUUAGCCUUUUGUUUUGUCUUUUUCUCAAAUUGGUAUAUUUGUCUGAUUAUUAGAUUGUAAUCUCCUAGGGAAAGGGACAGCCUCUUUUAUUUCCCAUAAAUACUAGUUAAUUCAUUGUAGGGGAAUUUACAUCAUGUAGCAGGAAUGGCUUAAAUGUGUGAAAGAAUAUGCUAGAGACUGGUUGCAAUGUAAAUGAGACCUAACUGGUUUAAAGUGAAGUUUCCAGUUUUUCAGUUAACAGUGAUUUUUUUUUUUUUUUAUCAUUUCUUCCAUUCUAAUUCCCACGUGUAGAUUAUAGUCAUAUUUUCUUUUCCUCGGUUUUGGUUCCAGACAAAAAAUUUAGACAUGAAUGCUGUUCAUCCUGAUUUGUUCAACAAUAAAAUCUCGCCUAAAGGACAAA